AUGGGUGGAGAGCUCCACCCGCUCGCAAUCCCAGUGUUUGAAAUGGUCCCCGCUUUCGCUCAUACUCUGUAUCGCAACGACGACUUCAUACCGGAUGCACCUCACGAGAAAUACGAGUGCCCGAACAUCUGCGAGCUUCCUGUUCUGAUUUUGACCAUUAACGUAGUGACCAUGCUGACUGUCGUGCUUCUUGAGCAUGUAUCCGCUUUCGAAGAGGAGAUUCGGCUAAUCUGGAACACCCGACUCAGUCCAGCGAAUGUCUUUUAUGUCAUUAUCCGCUAUUUCACUCUGGUGGCCAUCGGGUACGUGAUCUCAUCCUUCAGCCAACCUGGAACGCUCAUCUUGUGGCAGCGUGGACGUGUUAUUCAUGCUACGCUCCCAAAACUCGGACAAGUUGUGGGUCCGGCAUUUGACUCUCCAUUCACCACGCUUGACGUCUUAAGCUGCCAAACAAUUGUAUUUGUAGAGCUCGCAUCGUCGACCCUGAUCCUCGUCUUGACUGAUAUCAUUCUUGCCCUCCGGGUGUGGCUAUUGUACCACAGAUCGCGCAAGGUGCUGUACUUUCUCGUCGGUCUCGUCACUGGCAACCGAGGCAACAGCAAUGUAUGCUGGACGAUCUUGCUAAGCAUCAUCAUGUUCGCCAUGACCUUGCUCAGAUGCCGCUCGACCGUAGCCACUCUCGGCUGGCGCCAGACAUCUGUGAUGUCUCUGUUUCUGAGGGACGGAGUCUUCUGGUUUCUCGCGGCGAUCCUGGUCAACACCGUCGAGAUCGUGCUAUGGCGAGACUCCCGGGCCAGUCUGUCAGAAAUUCCGGUCAUUCCCGCGACUUCGAUCAUGGCUCUCAUCGGGGCGCGAGUGCUCUUGAACAUCAAGGAAGUCGUCACAGUCGCACCCCACGACACCGAGAUCCCGGCGUUCGAGAGGUCGGACCGACAUUCCUCCGGAACAGCGCGGGCUUAAGCACAAUCUCGAAUGCCAGAAUACAUACAUGCUAUCGCAGGCCUUUCAGC